AUGCUCCAUCCAGAUGAGGAAACAAACAGGGCCCUACUCGAAGCUCACGGCCAUUUUCCUGUCGAAUCAUCAGAGAAAGUCUGGGAUUUGGUCCCGGCCAUCUUCAAGCCCGCAGCAGAUGCGACCAUGACAGUCCAAAAGCUGCUCCAAUUAGCACCAAAAAUGGUCAAUCUCCCACCUACAGGUUUGGGUAGAACCCCUCUGUUUCCUUGGAUUGUGUGGCAACUUUGGACAGCUAGGAAUAAACUCAUUUUUGACGACAAGCUCUUCUCGGAAAGAGAGUUAGUGUCAAGAGCUAUUAAGGAAGCAAGAAACUGGAAGGAGGCGCAGUUAGCGAUACCAGCUCAGAGGACUAGGGAUCCCACCCAAGCUAAAGAUGGACCCACAGUAGCCGAAUACUCUUGCUUUGUCGAUGCCGCUUGGUCAGCAGAAACAGGAAGUUGUGGCAUGGGUUGGUUUUUUCAAAAGGAUCAAGACUCCCUUAGACUUCAAGGAGCCUCCCACAGGUUAUGUGUAGGUUCAGCGCUGAUGGCAGAAGCUCUAGCUCUCCGAAGCGCUGUAGCUGCAGCCAAGACCCUCCAUUUUACCUCUGUGAGUGUCUUCUCAGACUCGCAGUCUCUCAUCUCGAUGAUUUCUUCAAGGAAUGCAUCAAACGAGCUCAAGGGAGUGCUUCAUGAUAUUUUUCAGUUGAGCACAGCCUUUGAGUCUAUUGGCUUCUUUCAUAUCCCUCGUUUAAGUAAUUCUGUAGCUGAUGCUAUUGCUAAAGCGGCUAUGCCGCAUGUUGUAACUUCUCCGUUUGGAGAGUAA